ACACUGACAUAGCUGAGAGUGAUUGGAUAUUGAACACGCCACUUUAUUUGUCCUCCAAAUCAUCGGUUGGAACGCGCACGGAGGUUAAAGGUCUCCUGUAACCGAUACGUUAAUGGUUGCGACCAGCUGCCUUCCAUGCGUAUCAGACCUUCCAGCUAUGUUUGGCUCUUCCGGUUAAGUAGCUUUACCGGUGAUCUGCGUCUGUCAGCACGCGCCGGCUCCCGUCCCGGACGGACGUUUCACACCGCACUUCCGUUACUAUUCGCCAGGAAACUCACAAUGCAGUCUGGUCGACAUGUACCGAGCACCGGGAGCGGUUCCGAUCAGAGUAUGGACUCUGCAGACAAACCGGUUUUCAGCAGCAUUUCCACUCUGACGGCAGACGACACCGGUCCACCCGUGGAAAAGAAACGGGUGGGAGGAGGCGCGCUUGAAGUGGUCCACAGAAAUCUGAAGACCCCCAGCCCCCUGAUCGGAAACAAUUAUGAUGACGAUUCGGAGGCAGAGUCCUUCCGGGACGGAAGAACCGAAGAGGUGGACCGGGACACCAAGGCCAGGGCUUUUGGCUGGUGCCGAGACUUCCUGUCCGGGUCUUGGAAGACCAUCCGAGAAGAGGAUUUCCAAAUCAGCAUCGUCAGUGGCGGACUGAGUAACCUGCUGUACCUGUGUUGUUUGCCUGAUCAUGUCCAGUGUGUAGGAGAAGAACCUCGUCAGGUUCUCCUCAGAGUCUACGGUGCCAUCCUUCAGGGAGUGGACUCCUUAGUGUUGGAGAGUGUCAUGUUUGCCAUCCUGGCAGAGCGAACUCUGGGGCCUAAACUUUAUGGGAUAUUUCCAGAUGGACGUUUAGAGCAAUACCUUCCGAAUACACGCAUGCGCACUGAUCAACUUUCAGACCCAAACAUCUCAGCUGAGAUCGCUUCCAAGAUGGCACGUUUCCAUGACAUGGUGAUGCCUUUUAAUAAGGAGCCCAAGUGGUUAAUGGGGACCAUUGACAAAUACAUGGAUCAAGUGAUGAAGCUUAAAUUUGUCAGGGAAGCACAUGUGAAAAAAUACAAGAAGCUGAUGAAGUAUGACUUGCCUGCUGAGCUGGAGAGCCUUCGUGCAUUGCUGGCGGCGACUCCUUCACCAGUGGUGUUCUGCCACAAUGAUGUGCAGGAAGGUAACAUCCUGAUACUGGAAGACAAGGAUCCGACCUCUAAUGAAAAACUCAUGCUGAUAGACUUCGAGUACAGCAGCUACAACUACAGGGGCUUUGACUUUGGGAACCAUUUCUGUGAGUGGGUGUACGAUUACACUUACAACCAGUGGCCAUUCUACAAAGCCACGCCGGAGAACUACCCCACCAGAGAACAGCAGCUUCACUUCAUCAGAAAUUAUUUGACAGAAAAGGGGACGCACUCUGACACGACGAAAGACCAGAGACAGAUUGAAGAGGAUAUGAUCAUUGAAGCGAACAGAUAUGCUUUAGCCUCACAUUUCCUCUGGGGGCUGUGGUCAAUCAUUCAGGCAAAGAUAUCCAAGAUCGAGUUUGGAUACAUGGACUAUGCGCUGUGCCGCUUUGAUGCCUACUUCAAGCAAAAAAAACUCUUCUCAUAAGUUCCUGCUGUUACUCAGAAUGUGCGGUUUCUUUUUUUUCUUUUUUUUUUUUAACACCUUUUCAUUAAGCACCACAUUAGAAGUUUUUUUUUCCAAGUAUGUGUUAGUUAAACUCCUCCAGUCUUAUGCAUCUCUGUAUAUGACAAACAACGGUGACUGAAAUGUAGACAUUAACAUAUGAACACACUGCAUAAAUGCAAUCGUUGACUGUAUUCGGUCAGUUUUUAGCACCUUUCCUGACUGUGAAAUCGUUUUUCGAAGGCCUACAGCUUAUUGAAUGUGCAUCACGCAUGUCAGUGUUAUCAUCUUUUUACGUUCUAUUUUUGAUCACUGUUAAGAGCCACUUCACUUGCGCUGACCACUUUUGCAUCAGGGGUCCAAAUUUGUCAGUCAUUCAGUCAGGUGGAUUUUUUUCGUGCACGUCAUACGUCAGUAAUGACCAAUACUGUUGCCAGAGGAUGAAGGUCUGUUCCUUUCAGACUGUUGACCUUAGAGAUGGUCUUUGGUAUACUUGACCGUAGGUAUUGAGUAAAAGUGUGGUGGGCAUUUGUAUACCUCUUUGCUUCAGUGUUGUUAGUCAUUCUACCUCUUUCUUCUAUGUUCAUCGUGUGUUCGAAUGCACAGACAGUAGAUGGCUAAAGGGCUGACUGUAACGGUAUCCUCUUAAGGAAAAAGCAAACUGUAAAUAUUCUUACCUGCCUACUCUGCCUUCCGUCCUGUGUGUCUAUAUAACUUUGUGAAUGAUGCACUAAAGAACAAGUAAAAAUAAGCAUAUAAUGGUUCAGUAAUGUUAGGCAAAAAGUUAGCCUUAUUUUGGCACAUAGUUACUGGAGGGCUAUUUUACGGCACAGUGCAUUCAACGACUAACACAACAACAGAACAUGUCUACCUAUAAUCAUCUCGUUCCUGGUUUACCCUUUGUUAUCACUGUACGUUGACCUGUGACAUAUUAUUCAGUGAGAUUUUUUUUAACCGUAAUGUAGCAGCUGUGAAAACAUGUAUUUUGUACUAGGUUUACAGAAGUUCAUAUGACACUUUUGCAGAGAGAUCACCCUCCAUUUGCAUAAAUUAGAUCUAACAACGACGUCUAUGUAGGAAUACUCACACUGCCUCUUUUUCUGUUUCAGCUGCAGUUUUAAGUUUUUGUAGGAACAUGCCAUUUACUUACUGUUCCUUUUGUAACUAUAGUUUGUUUAGACCGUCUCUUGACUAAAUGUACUGUCAUUGACAAUGUUUGAGUAUUUACUUUCUGCUCGUGUGCGUCAGUUUUUCAGCUAUUUUCUGUAGCUGUUACUGUAGUAUUGUUCUUGUACAAUGUUGUUUUAAACUCAGUUGCACCAUUCCAUCUUAUCUUUGUUCUUUUUGCACUACUAAAAAUUUAAUUUGACAGUUAAUAAACAUGUUUGCUCU